AUGCCUUCUCACAAAGGACCGGUGGUGGCACAGGGCAGCGGGGCUCCUGCCAGUAACAGGGAGACUGACACGGUGGAGCUGGCCGAACUGGGACCCCUGCUAGAAGAGAAGGGCAAACCGGGAAUCGCUGUCCCAGCCAAAGCUGAAGCAGAGCAAGCCAGUCCAGUGCCCCAGGAGGAGGAGGAGGAAGAAAGGGAGGAGGAGGAGGAGGAGGAGAAAGAGGGGGAAGAGAUGAGGGUCCUGACACUUCCCCUGCAAGCAUACCGUGCCAUGGAGAAGAUGGAGGAGUUUGUGCAUAAGGUCUGGGAGGGCCGCUGGAGGGUCAUCCCAUACAGUGUGCUCCCUGACUGGCUGAAGGACAACGAUUACCUGCUCGACGGCCACAGGCCGCCCAUGCCCUCCUUCCGGGCCUGUUUCAGGAGCAUCUUCCGCAUCCACACAGAGACUGGCAAUAUCUGGACCCAUCUGCUUGGAUUUGUGCUGUUUCUGUUUCUGGGAAUCUUGACCCUGCUGAGGCCAAACAUGUACUUCAUGGCGCCCCUGCAGGAGAAGGUGGUGUUUGGGCUGUUCUUCCUGAGCACGGUGCUCUGCCUCAGCUUCUCCUGGCUCUUUCACACCGUCUACUGUCACUCAGAGAAAGUCUCUCAGACUUUUUCCAAACUGGAUUACUCAGGGAUUGCCAUACUGAUUAUGGGGAGCUUUGUCCCCUGGCUCUAUUACUCCUUCUACUGCUCUCCACAGUCACGGCUCAUCUACCUCUCCAUCAUCUGUGUCCUGGGCAUUUCCGCCAUCAUUGUGGCACAGUGGGACUGGUUUGCCAUGCCUCAACACCGGCAGGCAAGAGCAGGGGUGUUCCUGGGCUUGGGCUUGAGCGGCGUGGUGCCUACCAUGCACUUUACGAUCUCCGAGGGCUUUGUCAAGGCCACCACCGUGGGCCAGAUGGGCUGGUUCUUCCUCAUGGCCGUGAUGUACAUCACCGGGGCUGGCCUCUUUGCUGCUCGAAUUCCUGAGCGCUUCUGUCCUGGAAAGUUUGACAUAUGGUUCCAGUCACAUCAGAUUUUUCACGUCCUGGUGGUGGCAGCAGCCUUUGUCCACUUCUACGGGGUCUUCAACCUUCAGGAAUUCCGCUACAGCCUGAAAGGCAGCUGUACUGAUGACUCUCUUCUCUGA